AUGAACUUGAGUAAGGUAUGGUCUCCGUACGAUGCCAAGCAACUGGGUGAGGAAGUUGGCUGUCCUCCAAAGCAACUGCUUCCAACUGGAGAAGACCCCCUUAAAACCUCUAUCGAUAGCCUGAUAUUUCCCGUUGUUUAUACUCCCAUCUCCUCAGUCAAGCCACAGCCUGGUUCGACCAUCCAGAGCCAGGGUGUGGAGGCCAUUUACUCUCUUUUGUCUAUCGUUGAUGAUUUGGCUGAAUCCCUUGUAGGAAGAGACAAGUGGCAACUUAUCUAUGAAGAUGAACAAGGAAAACUUAGCGCUAACACUCAAGUGCCCAAUAAAACGCUGCCGAUACUGGUGCCAGCAUCGAGGAUAACGAACAAAGAGCUUAGCACCGGUGUAGCCACAUUCUUUCGUCAGGUAGAUGCAGUAACCAAUACCAUAAGUCGAACACAGCUCAACUUACAGCAAACUACACCUAUUGACCAUGGGGUAGAGAAGGAAGCAGAAUACAAAAGAUUCGCCACUAAUUCGGGGGCAGACUUCUUAAGCACUUUCUUACGCUUGGCGCUCCAGACUAUCGACAGUCUGCCCUGGUUUCAGGCGGGUUCUUCAGAGGAUCCUUGCUGUGUGCUUUGUAUUUCAGAUGACCAGUUGGUAUACGACAAGUCCCAGGACAUCUAUAAGCUCACUGUCCGUGAUGCUGCUGCCCUUAACAGCCUCCUGAUACCUGGCGACAUCGUCAGCAUACAGGGACAGUAUUAUGUGCUAUCACUUUCUCCCCGCGCUCACGGGCUGUUUGAGCAUGUUACGGAACAAGUAUUUACGGUUACGCCCUGUCUGAUUGCUAAUUUCAAUAGUGUGUACGCAGGUGCAUCGAUGAAACUCGAAAGACAGAUGCGGGGGUCCCGGUGGAGAAAUGAGCCCCUGUUUAAAGAGUUAGAUACUUGCCCCACAUUCUGUUGUUUCACACAAUGCAUAUCUAUGUGGUCUGCCGUAAGCCUCAAACAGGACUUCUGUGUUAUUGCGGCCUUCUUCAAAGGACACCCAUACGAAUUGGGGCACUUUCCUCUGACUGCUUUGCAGAUAGUUAAGUACUUGGCCUUCUAUGAUCCCAAGGAUGCUGUUCUUCGCUUCUUUAUUCUUGACAACUCGUGCGGAGCGCCAUCUGGGAUAGGAGUCAAAAGCGUGACUUUAGAGAAACAAAGUGAGGUUAUCAGGGAGCUCACAGAUAGCAGGAGUGAUAUCGAUACUGCAGGUGUCGACGGCUCAGCUUCUAGUGGCAUAGAGGUAUCUACUCCUUCCUCGAUAACGUCAGAUUACGUACUAGAGGCAGAUUUGGGGUGUUGUGGGCGCGAAGCCGAUGAGUUCUUCUCUAAGUACGACAUCGAUGAUUAUGGAUUUCUGAAAGACCCUGGAUUAUUUCCCCCCACCUGCUCCCUCAAUUCCCUUGAAUUACUUGAGGUUCUGAAGUCGAGCCAGGACCCCACCGAUUCACUCAGUCCUGCUACCUCGCAACAAACGUUCCUUUCAAACUUUCACGCUGCCAUCCAAUCGAUUAGCUAUGGCGUCUCGCUGAUGUAUGAAGUCCCUAUGGCUAUUUCUAGAGAGUACUUUGCUUGGGUAGACGUUGUAAGCGAGUCCUCAACCGAAUUGCUUUACCUAUAUGAUCGAUCUACCACUACUACCAUAACUCUCAAGCGACCACUUCUUGUCCUUAAUUUGCGCAAGCUCCUUUCUCACUAUCUCAAGAAAAAUAACGGAAAAGUUGAAGAGCAUUUGAAUGGGAUCAGUUGCAUGCCUGCUGUGCAAAGUAUUUACGCUCUGGGUUUGGCCUAUAACCACGUUCUUCUAAUUAUGAUACCAUACAUGUCUGGCUCCUUCUUCUUUUGUUCAUUUAGGAAGGACGAAGUGCCCUCUUCUGCAGAUAUAUGUAUUGUUGCGCAAAAGAGCGUUAUUGAUGUUGUUAAUAUUGAUUUGCUUCAAACUCACGGAUUGAUCUUCGUAUCAACGCGGACAUUUGCAUCUGAUCCCCACAGCAAAACUAAAUCGAGCACACAUCUGCAUAUUUUCACCAUGGUCUAUAACUACAAAGAGACAGAUCAGAUAGAUUUCUCCACACGAGACGGCACGCUCAGAGAAAUCAGAUUUACUGUACUUUUUAGACCUGUUCACACGCUUUUCCUUAUGGAUGCUGGAUACCCCGCUAAGGGCAUUGUGCUCUUGAACUCAAUGCGCUUGGCCAUCCACUUUGAGAGCUUAUCAUACUUUUAUAUGAUAGACUGCGAGUUUUUACAAGGCCACAAAAGCCGAGACUCCAACGAUACCUCAUGCUGCAUCUCAGCCACACCUAUCUACACUGCAUGUCGGUCAAUAACCACCCUCUUGUAUGCUCAUGAUGGAGAGCAUAUAGUAUUAUUCGAGCACGGAGAAAACCAAGCAUUGGUAUACUCGCUAAUUAAUCUAAAGGAGCUAAAGUAUUCCAUUGUCCUUCCAGGAGGAGACAGAAUAAACCAUGCGGCACCAGGCGGAGACAGUGGCUUACUUGCACUUUCCGGAGACCACACAAUCUCAAUUUAUCAGCUAGGCGCUUCGGAGAUCUUUCUGAAACACUAUGUGACACGGGGAAAAGCCAUAGGCAUAGCGUGGUCUACACCAACCAGUUUACUGGUCGCAACAGAACAGGCUCUUUAUACAAUCACACUGCGUGCAGAAGGUGCUUAG